AUGACGUUUGAGAAGAUGGAGUUUGCGCGCAUGGAUGACAGAUUGAUGGCUACUCUUGCAGCCAUGCCGACCAGGGUGACCAAAAGGAGUGUUACCAUGAAGGUUGGAUUUUUACAAGAUUUGUCUUUGAGAGAUGCCUUGGUGUUGUGCCCUCGAAAACAUGGUCCUGAGAGCAUUGAGGAUGCCAAGGGGGAAAACCGCCUUGAGAUGCUUGCUUUGGCUGAUGCAGAUCCCGACCUUGCAGCUGAUGAGUGGAUCGUAAAACCCAAGCUGAAAGCUUCAGGUCAGAAGAGCAAGGGUCCAGAAGUUGCCAGUGUCCUGGACGAUUUGAAGAAGAAGUUGGCCGAUCGCAAGAACGGCAUCACUGCAGAAAAGCCUGAGAAAGCUGAAGUCAUCCCUGCGCCACCUCUGAAGCGCAGCAUCCAGGAAGUUGUCAAAUGUGAGGAAGCCAAGAAGCCAGCUUCAGUCCAGAAGAAGCCGGCCCCCAAAAAACAGAAAAAUCAGCCUUCCAAAGUCAAGACGCCAAAGGUACCUAAGAAGCAGGAACCCAGACCCAUUCCUGCCUGGUGGAAUGACAAGCAAGAGCUUUUGAGAUCAUUUCCAGAGGACACCGAGAAGCGCUUUGCCUCCAGGUGCUACCACUUUGUGAGGAAGAAUGAGAUGCGCAAAGGUGUCUCCAAGGACCUGGCUACCUUGACGGCCCAAAGGGCUCACCAAGAAGCCAAAGAUCGUUGGCUGAAGCUGUUUCCCAACGCAUAG